UGUUUAUAUCGCCAUCUCCAAACACCAAGCACAUUACCUAUCAUAACCAUGAACACUAAGAUUGUCAUCGCCGCCCUCCUCCCCCUCGCCCUUGCCCAGAACUCGUCGACUACCAGCGAGAAGCAGGGUAUCCUCGACGGUAUCGUCAGCAUUGUCGGCAACGGUGUCAACCAGCUCACCUCGCACGCCGUUGAGAUUGCCAAUGAUGUCGCUAACGGUGCUGCUUCGGCUGCCAGCCGUGUCGAGUCGGACUUCAAGGCCGGUCAGGGCAAGACUUCGGCCACCCCUACCGCCACUGGCUCCGCUUCCAGCCCCCACUGCCACCGGCCUCUGCAUCUGGCUCUGCCUCUCACUCAGCUUCGGGCUCUGCCUCAGGCUCCUCCAACGGCUCUGGCAAGCUCACUGCUGGUGUUGCUGCCGCCGUUGCUGUUGCCGCCGUUGCUCAUCUCUUCUAAGCGGAUCCUGUGAAAACCACAUUGCUCCACACUCGACUCCCCAAAAAUUGAUUUACUUUUGGUCUU